AUGUCUGGAUUGCCCGCUAUUCUCAAAGCCACCGAGGAGGACAUCAAGCUCCUUCUCUCUGCCCAGUCCCACAUGGGUACCAAGAACUGCGAUGUUCACAUGGAGCCCUACGUCUUCAAGCGUCGUGCUGAUGGUCUCCACAUCAUCAACAUCGGUAAGACCUGGGAGAAGAUCGUCCUCGCUGCCCGUAUCAUUGUCGCCAUCGAGAACCCCGCCGAUAUCUGCGUCAUCUCUGCCCGCCCCUACGGUCAGCGUGCUGCCUUGAAGUUCGCUUCCCACACCGGUGCCCAGGCCAUCGCUGGUCGCUUCACCCCCGGUACCUUCACCAACUAUAUCACCCGUGCCUUCAAGGAGCCCCGUUUGAUCAUCGUUACCGACCCCUUGACCGACCACCAGGCCAUCAAGGAGGCUUCGUACGUUAACAUCCCCGUUAUCGCUUUCGCCGAUACCGAGUCUCCCCUCCGUUACGUCGAUGUUGCCAUCCCCACCAACAACCGCUCCAAGCACGCCAUUGGUCUUGCCUACUGGAUGUUGGCUCGUGAGGUUCUCCGCCUCCGUGGCACCAUCUCCCGCUCCGCCCCCUGGGAUAUCAUGGUUGAUAUGUUCUUCUACCGUGAUCCCGAAGAGAAGGCUGAGGAGGAGGCCGCUGCUCUCGCUGCCGAGAAGCCCGUUGAGGCUGAGGCCGAGACCGGCACCUGGGCCCCUGGUGAGGCUGCCCCCGUUGCCGCUGCUGGCGACUGGACCGCUGAGGAUGCUACCGCUGACUGGUCCGCUGCCCCCGUCACUGACUCCUGGGCUGCUUAA